GUACCACGGUAUAUUGAAGAAGACGGUAGGAGUCACGAAUAGGAUGCGCAGUGGCAAACCGGUUCUCUGAUGUCAGCGCCACCGAGACACCGAGCCCUGGGUAUGGAUAUGCACUAUGCGACUAUGCCUGCAGUUGUGUUUUUGCACUAUGCAAGUGUAUUUAAACAUAGUCGAUAUUUGCAACAUGGAAUAGAAUUCGGAAAAAGUGUUGUUUAAAAGUGUAGUUCAUCGUUUUGAUAAUGAUGUGUGUAGCUCUUCGUUUUUGGAUCUUCUUCGAUUAACUCAUGCGGAUUUGUGUUUUAAACUCCGGCUUUCUACACUUUUAAAUACUUUGUCACUCGAUGACUGUGUAGUGCGAUAUGCCGUGUUGCGCGAUAGCUGGCUGUUCAAAUCAUUCGGACAAAGCCAAGCUGCUUAACAUAUCAUUUCACAAAUUUCCAAAACAGGAUGACUUGUAUAAACAAUGGGUGCAUUCUUGUAGAAGGAAGGAUGAUUUUAAUGGGAAAACGGCAGUCAUAUGCUCCCAACAUUUCGUAUCAGAUGAUUUCGAGCGUGACUUGAAAUCCGAAUUACUAAAACUCCCUAAGAAAAAUAUUUUAAAAAAGGCUGCGAUUCCAACAGUCAAAAUUCCAAGUUUACCAAGUUUUAAAAUAAAAAAGACUGAAUCUGAGCGUAGCUGUCGAUUAAUAGGCCGGGAAAAUAGAAAAAUUGUGCAGACAUUGUUGGAUGAUUUUAACAAUAAUGCAGAUAAUGUAGAUAUUGUAAGUAAUGAAGAUAUUGUAAGUUAUGUAGAUAGUGUAAGUAAUGUAGAUAUUGUAAAUAAUGAAGAUAAUGUAGACGCUGAUGUUAUUGACAUUGCUAAUUACAAAGCUUUGCUUAUUGAGAAUAAGAAGCUUAAGGAAAUUAAUGUAAUGCUGGAGGAUGAAGUGGAAAGAGCCAAUAAUUCAAUUUUAAUAUUAGAAAACAAACUGAAGAACUAUGAACGCAUUUUUUCAAAUUGUCAGCAACAGAUGAUCUCAAAAGGAAAAUGCACUAAUUGGUCAUCAGAUGAUGUGGCAAAGGCUGUGACUAUAAGAUGUAUUUCAAAAAAAGGUUUGGACUACAUAAGAGAGAUUCUAAAAUAUCCUCUUCCAAGUGAAAAGACUAUUUAUAGACGUUUAUCUCAGUUCUCUACUCCACCUGGGUUUUUGGAAGUUAGUUUUUCUCUACUCAGGGGUCAAGCUAGCAUUAUAACAAAUGAAUUCGAGAAAGAUGUGAUUAUGAGCUUCGAUGAAAUGAAGGUACGAUCGGAAAUUUGUUAUGACAGCAUAAUGGAUGUUUUUAGAGGUCCUCAUGUAAAUGUACAAGUGAUAAUAAUACGGAGUGUAGCAGGAAAAUGGAAACAACCGAUUUUUUAUCAGUUUGAUCAAGCUAUAACAGUCGAUAUAUUUUUCCAAGCAAUAAGACUUGUAGAGGAAAGUGGAUUUAGGUGUAGAGGAUUUGUAAGCGAUAUGGGUGGGUCUAAUCGUAAGCUUGUAUCUGACUUGGGAAUAUCACAAACAAAACCCUCAGUUGAUAAUCCCUGUUGUGAUGAUCGUGCUAUUUGGGCUUUUUCGGAUGUUCCUCAUGUGCUUAAAUUGAUACGUAACCAUCUCUUGGACCAAGGGUUUGAACUGCCAGGUGGAAUAAUGGUGACCAAAGAUAUUUUAUUUGACCUGAUUAAACAACAGAACACUACAGACUUAAAAUAUGCGUAUAAAAUAACAGAGGGACAUUUACUUUUAACAGGAAGUGAAAGACAGAAUGUGAGGAAAGCAGCUGAACUUCUUUCCAGAACUGUUGCCAAGGCUAUUUCAUACAUUUUACCUGGCAAUGAUCAUGUUGUAGAUUUUUUAACAACCGUGAAUGAUGGGUUUGAUGUGUUGAACUCAAGAAUUCCACAUCACCCCAACAACAAAUUGAAAAGUGGCUAUGGUACCAGUUUAGAAUUGCAAAAUUCGGUUUUAAAUAAGCUGCACGACCUGUGCUCUUCUGCUCGAGUAAUAGGGAAAAAGAAUUUGUUACCAUUUCAAGUUGGAUGCAUGAUUUCUAUUCGGAGUACACAGGGAUUGUUCAAUGAAAUGCAGCUUGAAGGGUACCAAUAUUUGUUAACAUCUCGAUGCAAUCAGGACGUUUUAGAAUCUUUUUUCUCUCAGAUUAGAGGUAUAGGCAGAUUCUACGACCACCCUUUACCAACAACAGUGAGUCAGAGAAUGAAAUCUCUUCUAUUUUCUAAAAGUGCAUCUGCAAUAUUAAAGACUGGAAAUUGCACUUCCGAACCAUGUGAGACUCUUAGUGUUGAUGUUCUGACAAAAGUAGAUUGUGUCAUACCUCCGCAUUCUGAAGAAGAUUCAUGUAUGGAUGACAUGGAUGAUAAGGAACUUGACUCAGUAUUUGGCAAAGCAAUGGAGGAACUAAGUGAGCAGAGCCAGGAAGAAGAUAUUGUAGAGAAUUUGGACUUGCUGAAAGUGUUAUCGGGCUACAUAGCUUAUCGUGUUUUUAAAAAAGGUAUUUCUACAACAUUCAAUUAUGGUGAACGAUCCGGACAAAAUGCUUCAAAAAAUUGUGAUUGGCUUUCUUUUCUAUCUAGAGGUGGCCUAAUUAAUCCAUCAGAUGAGUGGCUAAAAAUAACAAUUCAAUUCGAAAAAGAAUUUGAAAAGUUUCAUGGAGAAAAACUUCAAAAAUGUUCGAACGUAAUGUCAACACUCAUCAACGUUAUAAAAGAAAAAUUUGACAAUAUCGACGACUUUGCCAUCGAAUGUUUUGUGAGAACGCGCUCUUUUAUAAGGAUGAAAGAGUUAAAUAAGAAGAACAAGAAAAGAGCAGCAUCCAAUCAAGCAGUGGAUAACAGACGCAAGAUGAGCAAGAAGAUGAAGAAAAUCGCAUCCUAAAAAUAUUCCAAGGAGACAGGUAAUUUCCAUUUCAAGCAAUUCACUUAUAAUGCACGAAUUUUCAAUUUUUUGCAUGAUUGUGAUACUGUAAUUUGUUCUUUGUAACUGGCAAAUAUUUCUUGUGAUAGUUUGUGGCACUAGAAUUUAAAAAAACAUCUGAAUUGAUAGGUAGUAAGGAAAUUCCACUGUAUUCAAUAACUUCGAUGUAUAAUGCUUUUAACAUUGUAUCAUAGAUGUGCAAUACACACAAUAUACACUUACAAUAUGUGUAGUUUUAAUGAUUAUUGCAGUUAUUUACGAGACUCCAAUACACACACUGUAUAUUCUCAUUCAGAUAUGUUAAUACAGUAUUCAUUAUUUAACAUUAUUUAGCCCGAAUAUUAAUACUAUAACAGCAGUAGCCUACAGUAGCCUACUAAUGGGUUUCGAAUUAUUCUAUCAAAUGUGCCGUAUUUCCAGGUCCAAUAUACAAGAAUUAUUACUUGAAAUAUCCCAACUGACAUUUUGAUGAUAGAGAGGCGAAAAUUCAAAUCUCAAAACGAUUAGCAAAUGAAUUGUAAUCUGUUUAGCAACAGCGUGCAUACAAAUACCGGCUUAAAGUAGUCAGUAGAGUAGGUAGCCUCGGUGGCUAUGACGUCAGAGCUCAGAGCUACAUGCGCGUGACCCUUACCGUCUUCUUCUAACUACCGUGGUAUGU